AUGUCAGCUGAACAAGUUCUCGCCGCCUCCAAUUCUACAGAAGGUGCUAUCGUUGCUGCUAGGACAUCAAACUACGAAGGUUUUGCAAUAUCGUUAUGGGGAAGAUUUCCAGUGUUAGUAUUCUUGAACCACGUUGUUCACGGGAGAUCCGUUCCUGUCGGAAAAAUUACGAUGGAGCGUCCUCUCUGUGGAACGUAUUUUUGCAACUUCUGGUUUCGUUACGAGAUAGUUUGCGAGGAGAAUCCAUUUGUGUCAACAUCGGAAAAGUGGGGAGUGAAUGAAGAAAUUGAUAAAAGGUAUUGGGGAAAAUUUAAGGCUUUCAAAGAAUAUGUAAAUACGUUCAAUUUGGCCGAAUUUGAUUAUACGGCGUUAGCUAAGAGCAAUUAUGUGUUUAUGCGCUGGCAAAGAGAUGCUCUAAUUAACCAUAUGGCAGACUUGGAGAAUUUCCCGUUUAGUCGUUUCUAUUAUGUGUGCUUAACGAAAACUACGGGUGACAUAGAAGCAUAUUAUUAUGACGAAAACUCAGCGCUGCAUCAUACGAUUGAUGUAAAACUCAUAUCAUAA